GCUGGGAAGAAGGUCAAAGAUGACAGAGUCCAGGGCCCUGCCCGCCGGCUUCAGGGAAGUGGAAGUGCUGGCCAUGGGGACAGUGCUGCUGGUGGAAGCUCUGUGCGGUCUCAGUCUCAAUAGCCUGACCAUCCUCUCUUUCUGCAAGAGCCCGGAUCUGCGGAGCCCCAGUCACCUGCUGGUGCUGAGCUUGGCUCUGGCCGACAGUGGGAUCAGCCUGAAUGCCUUCAUCGCGGCCACCUUCAGCCUCCUCCGGCGCUGGCCCUUUGGCCCAGACGGCUGCCAGGCUCACGGCUUCCAGGGCUUUGCGACAGCAUUAGCCAGCAUCUGCAGCAGCGCGGCCAUCGCCUGGGGACGCUACCACCACUAUUGCACUCGCAGGCAGCUGGCGUGGGACGUGGCCAUCGCCUUGGUGAUCUUUGUGUGGCUCUCCUCUGCCUUCUGGGCAGCGCUGCCCCUCCUGGGCUGGGGCCACUAUGACUAUGAGCCGCUCGGGACAUGCUGCACCCUGGACUACUCCAGGGGGGACAGGAACUUCAUCAGUUUCCUCUUCACCAUGGCUUUCUUCAACUUCCUCCUGCCCCUCUUCAUCACGCUCACGUCCUAUCAGCUGAUGGAGCAGAAACUCAGGAAGAUGGGCCACCCCCAGGUGAACAGCACCGUGCCGGCGAGGGCAUUGAUGCUGGGCUGGGGUCCCUAUGCGUUCCUGUACCUCUACGCAGCCGUCGUGGGUGGAUCGUCCAUCUCUCCCAAGCUGCAGAUGGUGCCUGCCCUCAUCGCCAAGACCGUGCCUACCGUCAACGCUCUCCACUAUGGGCUGGGCAGUGGGAUGGUGCAGAAUGGAUUCCGGAAGGGCCUCUGGCUGCAGAGACGUGAGCGGGAGCGAGCCCUGUGA